GUGUGCGCGCUCUGCCGCUCCGGGAGGAAGAUGGCCCGGGAGGGAAAGUUGGGGUGACGCGCGCUGCCCCCGGACGCUCGCCAGGGGGCACGGAGGCGAGCCCGACAGAGCGGUGGCCACCCAGACUGGGGGGCGCGCAGUCUGGGCACCACCGUCACCACGCCCGCCCCCUCACUGCAGGUGGCCGUGGGAGCACCGAGUCCGGGUGGCCCGGGGGCGCGGGCGGGCGCGCGCGGGGGAGCCCGGCUGAGGGAUGGGCUGCGCCCCCAGCAUCCAUGUCUCGCAGAGCGGUGUGAUAUACUGCCGGGACUCGGAUGAGUCCAACUCGCCCUGCCAGACCAGCAGCGUGUCGCAGGGCCCCACGGCGCCCCUGCACGGCCUCUUCGUGCAGACCGACGCCGCCGACGCCAUGCCCCCGAGUCGCGCGGCGGGACCCCCGGGCGCUGUCCGAGUUCGCAGAUCCCGGGCUGAACUGGGCAGCGGCAGCAGCACGGGGUCCUCGGGCCCCGCCACGACCACCUGCCGGGGCCGGAGGCGCCACUGCUGCAGCAGCGCCGAGGCCGAGACCCAGACUAGCUACACCAGCGUCAAGCAGGUGUCUUCUGCAGAGGUGCGCAUCGGGCCCAUGAGACUGACACAGGACCCUAUCCAGGUUCUGCUAAUCUUUGCAAAGGAAGAUAGCCAGAGUGACGGCUUCUGGUGGGCCUGUGACAGAGCCGGCUACAGAUGCAACAUUGCUCGCACUCCCGAGUCGGCCCUCGAGUGCUUUCUGGACAAGCAUCAUGAAAUUAUUGUGAUCGAUCACAGGCAGAGCCGGAACUUUGAUGCAGAAGCCGUGUGCAGGUCAAUCCGGGCCACGAACCCCUCUGAGCACACAGUGAUCCUGGCUGUCGUUUCACACGCAUCUGAUGACCAUGAAGAGGCCUCAGUCCUUCCUCUUCUUCAUGCAGGCUUCAACCGGAGAUUUAUGGAGAACAGCAGCAUAAUUGCUUGCUAUAAUGAACUGAUUCAAAUAGAACACGGGGAAGUUCGCUCACAGUUCAAAUUACGGGCCUGUAAUUCUGUGUUUACAGCGUUAGACCACUGUCAUGAAGCCAUAGAAAUAACAAGUGAUGACCAUGUGAUUCAGUAUGUCAACCCUGCCUUUGAGAGGAUGAUGGGCUACCACAAAGGGGAGCUCCUGGGGAAGGAACUCGCUGACCUACCUAAGAGUGACAAGAACCGGGCAGACCUCCUGGACACCAUCAACACGUGCAUCAAGAAGGGAAAGGAGUGGCAGGGGGUUUACUAUGCCAGACGGAAAUCCGGGGACAGCAUCCAACAGCACGUGAAGAUCACCCCAGUGAUUGGCCAAGGAGGGAAAAUUAGGCACUUUGUCUCCCUCAAGAAGCUGUGCUGUACCAGUGACAGUAACAAGCAGAUUCACCGGAUUCAUCGUGACUCCGGGGACAACUCUCAGACAGAGCCUCAUUCGUUCAGACACAAGAGCAGGAGGAAAGAGUCCAUUGAUGUGAAAUCGAUAUCUUCUCGAGGCAGCGAUGCGCCAAGCCUACAAAAUCGCCGCUACCCCUCCAUGGCCAGGAUCCACUCCAUGACCAUUGAGGCCCCCAUCACAAAGGUUAUAAAUAUAAUCAAUGCAGCUCAGGAGAACAGCCCAGUGACAGUAGCAGAGGCCUUGGACAGAGUCCUAGAAAUUUUACGGACCACAGAACUGUAUUCCCCGCAGCUGGGAACCAAAGAUGAGGAUCCCCACACCAGUGAUCUUGUUGGGGGCCUGAUGACUGAUGGCUUGAGGAGACUGUCAGGGAACGAGUAUGUGUUUACAAAGAAUGUGCACCACAGUCACAGUCACCUCGCGAUGCCCAUCACCAUCAACGAUGUCCCCCCAAGUAUCGCCCAGCUCCUUGAUAAUGAGGAAAGCUGGGACUUCAACAUCUUCGAAUUGGAAGCCGUUACACAUAAAAGGCCACUUGUGUACCUGGGCUUAAAGGUCUUCUCUCGGUUCGGAGUCUGUGAAUUUUUAAACUGUACUGAAACCACUCUUCGGGCCUGGCUGCAAGUGAUUGAGGCCAACUACCACUCCUCCAACGCCUACCACAACUCCACCCACGCUGCCGACGUACUGCACGCCACAGCUUUCUUCCUCGGGAAGGAAAGAGUGAAGGGAAGCUUGGACCAGCUGGAUGAGGUGGCGGCUCUGAUUGCGGCCACAGUCCACGACGUGGAUCACCCUGGAAGAACCAACUCUUUCCUGUGCAACGCCGGCAGCGAGCUCGCUGUGCUCUACAACGACACAGCGGUCUUGGAAAGUCACCACACAGCCCUGGCCUUCCAGCUCACCGUCAAGGACACCAAGUGCAACAUUUUCAAGAAUAUUGACAGGAACCACUAUCGAACGCUGCGCCAGGCUAUUAUCGACAUGGUUUUGGCCACGGAGAUGACAAAACACUUUGAACACGUGAACAAGUUUGUGAACAGCAUCAACAAGCCACUGGCAGCUGAGAGUGAGGGCAGCGAUUGUGAAUGCAACCCUACCGGGAAGAACUUUCCUGAAAACCAAAUCCUCAUCAAACGCAUGAUGAUUAAGUGUGCCGACGUGGCCAACCCGUGCCGGCCCUUGGACCUGUGCAUUGAAUGGGCUGGAAGGAUCUCCGAGGAGUACUUUGCCCAGACUGAUGAAGAGAAGAGGCAGGGGCUGCCUGUGGUGAUGCCGGUGUUCGACCGCAAUACCUGCAGCAUCCCCAAAUCCCAGAUCUCCUUCAUCGACUACUUCAUAACAGACAUGUUUGAUGCUUGGGAUGCCUUUGCUCACCUGCCUGCCCUGAUGCAGCACCUGGCCGAUAACUAUAAACACUGGAAGACACUGGAUGACCUCAAGUGCAAAAGUCUGAGACUUCCAUCUGACAGCUGAAGCCAUGCCCGAGAAGGGGUCACUGUGAAUCACAGGAUAGAACAAGCGAGAGGGUUUCCUUUACAAUGGAAGUGACAGGUGGACACUAAGGGGAUGGUGUUUAAUAUCCGACCUGAAUCAUGCACGCCCCCAAACUUCAUUUCCAGAAAGUUCUGUUCCAUCAAUAAAAAUAUGUUCUUUUGAAUCAC